CACAGCGUCUCCACAAACGAAGCGGUCGCCACGACCACUCCAUCACUGAGGCCACACUCCACCGCGCUGGCAAACGCGGCGAUCGUAUUGCCUCUCGCGUUCCAAUUUCAAAACUGCAAAACGAAUACCGUAUUCGAGUUUCGAAUACAAAUGUAACGCGUUCUGUGUUCUGUUUUUGAAAAAUCGUAAAGUGCCAUAAAAUAGUGAUGUCCAUACUGGUGUAACGAAAUGGGUGUUUUAUAUUGUCUAAUAUUUGUGACCGUUUUGGUUCCUAGUGUUUACGGCCAAAAUGCGGCCGAUUGUUAUGGUGCUGGGAGUGUGGCUGGGGCGGCCAUAGGUGGGUUUUUGGGUGCUCUGUUACUGCUCGCUGUGGUGUAUUACUUGAGGAAACUGUACUGGAAAUCCCGCAAAGGAAAGCACCUAGUAUUCUCUACGGACCCUGAAUCGGUGAAGGACGAGUUCGCAUUCGACAACCCUGGCUUCAGACAGGACGAGCGGAGCACGUGGCAGAAUGAAGCGCCAACCCUACCACUUGGCGGGAAACCGUCUGUACUGCAAGCGGAAUUCACGAAGCCCGAACAAAGCAAAGACGAUUUGCAUUUACAACGCGCCAGAGUGCGUCGGGUGAAGCUGUGGGCUCGAGACUUCACGGGGCUCGGCCUGCGGUGCGGGGGCGGCGCGCGGGAGGGAGUACAUGUACAUUCUGUCCUGCGGAGUGGGCCGGCAGCAGCGGCUAAAUUGGAACCAGGUGAUAGAAUAAAGAGUAUCAAGAUCGAAUUCACGGGUACACCACUAGAGGACGCCGUUGGGAUCCUGUCCCUCGCGUCUCCAUACCCUGUGGAGUUGGAGAUUGUGGAGGGCGGGCGGUCGAGCGGGGCGGGCAGGGCAGUUCACCAUCCGCUGCUGAAGAGAGCUGGCUCCACUGGCGAUGUUAGCACGCUUGAGAAAGAGGCCAAGUUACUACAUCCACCAAAGUCACCAAACACAUCAAACUCCAACAAUUCAACAUUGGAGACCAAAUACAGUAAAGGAGGCAUUAAAAAAAUCAUAACAGAGAAAAUCGUCACAACUACUCUUGAACGAAACAAAAAAGAGAAAAGAGAUGGUGUUCCUACGACGUUGGAAAGAGAAAACGAGAAAAAUACUAAGCUAACCAACAAAACUAGACAUUCAGAUAUUGCUGUUAUGGGUCUAAACAAACAUGAGAAAAAUAAGAAUAGACCUUCAAGUGGAAGUGACGUUCAGAUUAUUCAACCAGAAAAUGGUAUCUCACAUUUUGAACACGCGGAAGUGCAAAAAAGAGACUAUGAUCCUAAACGUGGUAUGAAGUUCGGCAUAAGAGUUCUACCGCCAAACGUUCCCGAUGACGGAGUACUGAAACAGAAAAAUAUAGAAAAUGGUGUUGUAGCUAUUGAUAAGAAAUCUGUAGAUGAAAUUGAUAAACCCGAACCCCAGAGACAAGCUCCAACAGUUCAACUAAAACAUGAAAAUGAGACAGAACAAAAGAAACCCGUUGUUGCUAAAAGACGAGAAAAGAUGGCGCCACCUAUUCCAAAUGCUAGAGUAAAAAAUAAUGAAUCUGGUUUAAAUAAAAGUUUAGAUACUUCUAGAACUUCUGAGACAUCUGUAACAAGUUUUGUUAGAACUGAUCUAAAUUCAAGCGGAAUUAAAAGAGAUGAAAAUGGUAUACCUCAAGAAUUACCUCAACAUAUGCUUGACGCAGCUAGAGCAGCUAGAACUAACAGAAAGAGUUCGGCAGAAUUUGAUAGAGAAAAACCUGAAUACAGAAAGGAAGAAGCUCCUAAACCCAAUAAGAAAUCAAAAGGUAAAGCACCUUCACCUCCAGAUACCGAUAAGAAUAAAACCGAUGAUAGCAUAUUAGAGCAAUUGAAAAAUGUCAAUGAUUUCUUAAAAAAUGAGAAACAACAUUCUAGUGUAUUACAUGAUUCAUCUGCUCCAAGUACUAAUAAAAGCGAUACCACUUCAUUUAAUACCUCGACACCAAAGGUGAACAAAACCAAAAGUACGUCACGAAUUGAUGACUCAAUUAAUUUUAGUCAGGACGAUAUUGAUGAUAUUGUAUCGAAACCAUUUAAACGAGAAAGUGAUUCUUUAAAUAAUUUCUUUGAGGAUUCCAAAUCUAAUUUAUCUUCAAGUCAUGACGUCCAUUCAGUUGUAUCACUGAACAAUAGUGAUAAAAGUGAAAAAGGCUCCACGACUAUUGAACUGAACAACAGUGAUAUUACAAUACAUAGUUCUCCAUUAAAUGAUACUGUUCAAUCAGUAUCAGAUACUGCUUCAACCUUAGAUGAUAACGAAAGAAAGGCAGCCUCUUUAGGUGAUCUUUCACGAUUUGAAUUGAGAGCUAAAACCAAUAUGCCCUCUACAGGUACAUUGGAACGAGCCCAAAGCCUUGACAUAUCUGCAGACGAUGCUGAAAUUAAAGAAAGCACUUUGUCACCUAAGAAAAGAAAAGCAAUGUCUGUAGUAGAAACAACAUUCUUCGACUCAGGAACGGAAGAUAUACUACCUGAUAUGAUGGAUUCUGAUUGUAGCGUUGUCAUCAAAAAUAAAGAACCACGACUUAGUUUGAAUAUCACAAAAACAUCCGCGAUGGAAGGUCUAAAUACGUUCCAAAGAAAUCGUUUAAAGAAAGCAUCAGAGUUUGGCAAUUUGGAAGAUGCGAUCGUAAAAGGAUCAAACAGUUCCGUAGAAUCUGAUCGAGUCGAGGAGCAACGUAAUAUUAAGCCCAUAUCACAAAGUAAAGAUUUCGAACUGUAUAAAGAAAACGAAGCACAUGAAACAUCAGAUCAUUUGGCUCGCAGAAUAAUGGACGAGAAUCUCAAAGUUCAUUUUAAACUCGUAUCGGAAUUCGCUAAAUCUACUUCAGAUGGUAGCAAUAUGAGUUCUCUCGACAGUAGUCAAGAAAUAUUACCAAACACAGAAAAGUCUGAAAUAUCACCUAUAAAAUACGAUGAAAAAUUACCAAUUUCAUAUGAUACGAAUAUACCAGAUGAUCUUAAAGUCUCACGCAAUACGUACGUUAACAGUUUAGAACGUCCAAAAUCUGAUAUGAUGAAGAAACUUCUAGCUAAAAAUCCGAUUUUAAAUGUACACAUUGAUCAAAGUACACAUAGAAAUGAAGCUACCACUAGCAAGGAGCCUCAAAUGACUGAUGCUUUUAAAUCAGCUAUGCAUCAGCCAGAUAUCGUCAAUUUUGAUUUGAAAUCUUCGGAACCCAAGGUAAGAAAUUAUGAUGAUUUCGUUAGUAAUAUCAAAGUUGGUUCAAAUAAUAACAGUCUUAAAUAUAAUAAGCCGUCACAUGAAAAAUUCUCCACUGAAUGGUCCGAACCCAAAGAUAUACAUAAUACUAACAUAGUAACAAUAUCAACCAAUGAAAAAAAUCAACCUUCCGAUGAACAAAAAAGCAAAUCGUAUACAAAAUCUAUUGAAAUUGGCCAACCUACAAGAGUAAUACCAGAUGUUAUAGAUGGAAUCAAGAGGCGUAAUGAUGAAAGAGAUUCUAGAACAUUGUACAUGGAACCAGCCACUAUGUCUAUUACAAUGACACAGGAACCAGUUCAAAAAACUGUAUCGGUCAACGUAACUGAGGAUGAAUAUGGCAACAAAGUAAUCACACAAAAUGUCGAAAAGAUUUCUACUAAGUAUAUUUCAACUAAAACUGAAGCUCCUUUACAAGUAGAACAAGUGACAUUUGGUAUCAUAAAAAAUCCAGUUAGUAUUGAUGAGUUAAAACUAGAAGAAGGAAAUGUGAAAGAUAUCGAUAAAAAAAUAUUAGAGGAAAUUAAAAGGCAGAACCCUAAUAUACAAUUUACUUCAGAAGAACCCUCUUACACUAGAACUGAAACUAUAAUACUUAACACUACAGAUUUAAAUGAAGAACAAGCGAAAGCAUUAAUGGAAAAACUACAAAAUGAUCCUAGCUUUACUUCGCAGAAAACUCCAGAAGAAUUGUCUAAAUUAGGUAUAAGAAUUAUCCAAGAUUUGGAUGAUGAGCAAACUUCAAGUAACGAUAUUGUUGAAUUAACAAAAACAAGAUAUUCUAUAAAUCCAUCUGUAUCUACACAGUCAAAUGUACAUGGAUAUUCUAAUGAGGAACAGUCUAAAGAUUCAGAAGCGCAAAAAGAUCAUGUAACAGAAAUUCAAGUAAUCACACCGCGAACGGAGAAAAUCAUGAAACAGAAAUCUGAUUUAAGCAAAGACAAAAUAUCGAGUAGACAGCGACUACCGCCUUACGAAGAGCCUUCUUUAUCUUACGAAUUGGAUAUCGAAAUGCUGAACGAUUUCAUUCUAAACGAGCAGCACCACUCGGCCAAACAGCUGGCCGAUGUGAAGAAACGAGCAAAAUCGAACCAGAACACAAACGAACCAAAGAAACGCCACUCCGAUUACGAUUUACCAAGGAACAGUCACAUCAAAUUUCGGACGGCCACCUACGAAUCUCCAAAGGGCACGAUAGUGACAAGCACAGAUUUGGAAAACCGGAGAUUAUCGCAACUUGACCAAAUGCAACUGAGAGCUGUAGACCCACCAGUGACAAGCCAGAAACCGGUGAUAUCUGCUAAACCCAGCAAUAUACCGGUUAAAAUGUCAGAGAAGUUUGCAAAACCCGUGGUUGUGUCUUCAAAAAUUCCGGUUUUCAGCCAAAAGUCGCAGAGUCAGGAGAAUCUAUCGGAUAAAAAUUUCUCAUUACCUCGAUCCCCGCCUCCUACCCUAAGCAGUAGUUCAGGGAACAUAUCAGUCACAUCUAUCAAAAGUAGUUCUAGAAGUCCCAGUGGUGGGAAAUUGUAAAUGUUUAUUCGUAUUACGUGUAGCGUAUAGUAUUUUCUAAGUAAAUAUUAUAUUUUUGAUCUGUUUACGGUAUUUUUAUUGGAUUUAUAUUUGUGAUAGAUAUGUCUUUCAUGUAAGAUACUAUGGUUCAAUCACAUUAAAGAAAAAUAAAAUAUAAAUCACAUAUAUCAUUAUUGAUGUGUCUAAUUUUUUUUUUUCUACUUAACGCACCUAAUGACUUUUUUUUAUUUAUUAUCUAUUUAGAAAACCUUUUACAAUUUUACACCUUUUACCUUUAUUCAAGUAUUUACAUAAAAAAAAGUCUUCCAAAAUAGUAAAUAUAGAUAUUUAUUUAAUUGAACCAUAAAAUAUGAAUAUUAAUAAUAAAAUUAUAUCUAAAAAUACUUAACGAAAAAUGUGCCUUCUAGAUGUUAAUAACAAAAAUAAAUAUUAUUUUAUUAAGUACCUAUUUAGUAGACAUAUUUACUGAUUUUUGUCUAAAAUAUAAGUUAACAAUUUAUUUUGGGUUGUGAAUGUAAACUAACGUAGUCUAUGGAAAUCUGUCACAAUUUUUUUUUUAAUAAUAGCAUUUUAAAUUUAUAAUAAAAUUGCAAUUUACGUAGUUAUAAAAGACAUUAAAUUUAUUAUAGUUAUAAAUAUUUCCACACUCCAAUUCCGUCCCGUAAGUAUUACCAUUUUUAACAUAUCGUACUUAGUUAUUGUAAGCGUUAUGUGAAAACAACAGAAAUGUAUAUUUCUGGGCCAUUUCAUUUGUUAGAUGGUUAAAUUAUCAUGUAUACUUAAGUACUUAUAUAUUUAUUAACAAUAUACAGGAGUUAAUUGUUAAAGUUGAUUAAUUUUAACUUUUGUAUUAAAAACAAAAUAUUAUGUUCUACGAAAUGCAUUAAAAACAAUUAACAUUGUCAGAUAUACAAAUUGUAUUUUAUUGAUGUAUAAAUAAAAAAAAUUAAAUAAAAUGUU